AUUUUCUUCCUUAUUAUUUAAAAAAAAGACUUUAUUUUGAUAUUUGAGUGCUACAUUUCUCCCGGAGGUCUAGUGGACUAGCACCCGGACACACUGUUUUGUACUAAAAACUCUCCUUUCUCGAUUGAACCCUAGACGACGGUCCGCCGCUGCCGCCGUCACGGUCCACCAUUGUGGCCGCCGCUUCUUCUGAGCUCUCAGUGAUAUCAUGGUGCUGGGUUCUGCUGUCAAUGCUACUGCCACUGUAGCCGUUGUCCAAAACACUCCGCAGCCAGUUUAUUCUCGCUUUCCGUCCACUGUUUUUCACUCUCAAAAUACUUUCUGUUCGCCCCAGCUGCCUUCAAACUCGUUCUUGUGCACCGUUGCAUCAUCACCGAGAUCAAAUUUUUGUCCAAUUAAAGCCAUGGCGGAGUCAGAAACUCUUUCUGCAACUAAGGCUGAGGCUCAGUAUGCAAUUUCUGGUAACAAGCAGGCACUAAUCUCAUUGUCUGACAAGAAGGAUUUGACUUUUCUUGGCAAUGGACUUCAAGACUUGGGAUACACAGUUGUUUCAACUGGAGGAACAGCAUCUGCAUUGGAGAAUGCUGGAAUUUCUGUCACUAAAGUGGAGCAACUUACUUGUUUUCCUGAAAUGCUUGAUGGUCGUGUAAAAACUUUACAUCCCAGCAUACAUGGAGGUAUUCUUGCUAGGAGGGACAAGAAACAUCACAUGGAAGCUCUUAGUACGCAUGGAAUUGGCACGUUUGAUGUGGUGGUGGUGAACCUGUAUCCAUUUUACGAUAAAGUUUCUUCUGUUGGAGGAAUCAAGUUUGAGGAUGGAAUUGAAAACAUUGAUAUUGGUGGCCCUGCAAUGAUCAGAGCCGCUGCAAAGAAUCACAAUGAUGUCUUGGUGGUGGUUGAUUCACAAGACUAUCCUGCACUUCUAGAAUUUCUUAAAGGAAACCAGGAUGACCAGCAGUUCCGCAGGAAGUUGGCUUGGAAGGCUUUUCAACAUGUUGCUUCUUAUGAUUCUGCAGUUUCAGAGUGGCUGUGGAAGCAGACAGUGGGAGAUAAAUUCCCUCCCAGCUUGACAGUGCCUCUGACACUCAAAAAUUCUCUUCGCUAUGGUGAAAAUCCUCAUCAAAAUGCUGCAUUUUAUGUUGAUAAGAGUCUUUCUGAGGUUAACGCUGGUGGGAUUGCAACUGCUACUCAACAUCAUGGAAAGGAGAUGUCGUACAAUAACUAUUUAGAUGCUGACGCAGCUUGGAACUGUGUCUCUGAGUUUAAAAACUCUACAUGUGUAAUCGUGAAGCAUACAAAUCCAUGCGGUGUAGCUUCACGCAAUGAUAUCCUAGAAGCAUAUAGGUUAGCUGUGAAAGCUGAUCCUGUUAGUGCAUUUGGUGGUAUUGUAGCAUUCAACAUAGAAGUUGAUGAGGAUCUAGCUAAGGAAAUACGAGAGUUUAGAAGCCCAACAGAUGGUGAAACUCGGAUGUUUUAUGAGAUUGUGGUUGCACCGAAGUAUUCGAGCAAGGGGCUUGAGAUUCUACGUGGAAAGUCGAAGACCUUAAGAAUACUUGAGGCAAACAAGAAUGAAAAAGGAAAGCUCUCGCUUAGACAAGUUGGUGGGGGGUGGCUAGCCCAAGAUUCUGAUGAUUUAACUCCCCAAGAUAUCCACUUUGAUGUAGUCUCUAAUAAAUCUCCAAGUGAGAGUGAAAUCCAUGAUGCAGAGUUUGCAUGGCUCUGUGUAAAGCAUGUCAAGAGCAAUGCAAUUGUAAUAGCAAAGAAUAACUGUAUGUUAGGUAUGGGUAGUGGGCAGCCAAACCGUCUAGAGAGCUUGAGGAUAGCAUUGAAGAAAGCAGGAGACGAGGCCAGAGGAGCAGCUUUGGCUAGUGAUGCAUUCUUUCCAUUUGCCUGGAAAGAUGCAGUAGAAGAAGCUUGUGAGAGUGGGAUUGGUGUUAUUGCUGAGCCUGGUGGGAGCAUCAGAGAUGGGGAUGCCAUAGACUGCUGUAACAAAUAUGGGGUUUCACUUGUUUUUACGAAAGUGAGACACUUCAGGCAUUGAUUUUCAAUGCAGUCUGCAUUUGCAGCUUCACCUUCAUCCUUGAGCAACCCACCCCUCCCCUAAACAUCUCGGCUUUAAAGUCUUUAUAGGCAGAGUUUGUCCCUUCCUAUGGGGAACCCCUGAUAGUGUCGAUGCAUAAGCCACAAUGUUGUGUAAUCUGCACUAACCUGCCCCUGGAUAUUGGGUAUUUAUGUGAAAAUAAUAAUAAUGAUGAUGAUGAUGGUGAUGGCGAUGAAGAUGUUCACCCUAUUUUCUUC